CACACACACACACACACUCACCCACUCACUCGCAUCUCCUCCAGCUCAACCCCAGCAUGGCCCCGUCCACCAUGUCCGCCUGCUCCAGUGACCUGAGCUACGGCAGCCGCGUCUGCCUGCCCGGCUCCUGUGACUCUUGCUCCGACUCCUGGCAGGUGGACGACUGCCCAGAGAGCUGCUGCCAGCCCCCCUGCUGCGCCCCCAGCUGCUGCGCCCCGGCCCCCUGCCUGACCCUGGUCUGCACCCCGGCGAGCUGUGUGUCCAGCCCCUGCUGCCAGGUGGCCUGUGAGCCCAGCCCCUGCCAAUCAGGCUGCACCAGCUCCUGCACACCCUCGUGCUGCCAGCAGUCUAGCUGCCAGCUGGCUUGCUGCACCUCCUCCCCCUGCCAGCAGGCCUGCUGUGUGCCCGUCUGCUGCAAGUCUGUCUGCUGUGUGCCCACCUGCUCUGAGGACUCCUCUUCAUGCUGCCAGCAGUCUAGCUGCCAGCCGGCUUGCUGCACCUCCUCCCCCUGUCAGCAGGCCUGCUGUGCACCCAUCUGCUGCAAGCCUGUCUGCUGUGUGCCCAUCUGCUCUGGGGCUUCCUCUCUGUGCUGCCAGCAGUCUAGCUGCCAGCCUGCUUGCUGCACCUCCUCCCCGUGUCAGCAGGCCUGCUGUGUGCCCACCUGCUCUGAGGACUCCUCUUCAUGCUGCCAGCAGUCUAGCUGCCAGCCGGCUUGCUGUGCCUCCUCCCCCUGUCAGCAGGCCUGCUGUGCACCCAUCUGCUGCAAGUCCAUCUGCUGCAAGCCUGUCUGCUGUGUGCCCGUCUGCUCUGGGGCUUCCUCUCUGUGCUGCCAGCAGUCUAGCUGCCAGCCUGCUUGCUGUGCCUCCUCCCCGUGUCAGCAGUCCUGCUGUGUGCCCAUCUGCUGCAAGCCCGUGUGCUGUGUGCCCACCUGCUCUGGGGCUUCCACUUCAUGCUGCCAGAAGUCUAGCUGCCAGCCGGCUUGCUGCACCACCUCCUGCUGCAGACCCUCCUCCUCCGUGUCCCUGCUCUGCCGCCCCGUGUGCAGGCCUGCCUGCUGUGUGCCCGUCCCCUCCUGCUGUGCCCCCGCCUCCUCCUGCCAGCCCAGCUGCUGCCGCCCGGCCUCCUGCGUGUCCCUCCUCUGCCACCCCGCGUGCUCCCGCCCGGCCUGGUGAGACUCCACCUCCACCCAGAAGUCCAGCUGCUGAGUGAUCUCCUUAAGAUCAUCCAGAGCCUGAGUGCUCGCUGCCACCUGCACCCCGGGAUUCCUUGCCCUUGAUGGCUGUGCAGCCCCCGCUCCUGAGCCUGCCAUGGGCGUCCGUGGUCAGCUGGCCACCCAGCAUGCAGUCUUCCUCCUGGCAGCAGCUCAGCUGUUUCUUCAAGUCUUGACUUUCCCCCAAGCACCCAGCCCUGCCUCCCCAGCAACAGGUGGGCAGUGACCCCAGCAAGACCAGCCGGGUCCGCUCAGGCCAUGGCCCAGUGUGGUGAGAAGGGAGGGCAGACCCGCGUCAGGUGUAGGUGUCUUGUCACUGCUCGACUCAGUGGCAAGGCCGGCCUCUGCCCAGCUGUGGCCUUGGCCUUGUUCUCUGUCUUCCCCGACAACAGGAACAGGUCAGACCCUUCCAAUAAAUUCCUUUCCUAAAA